ACCCCAACCCUUACCGUAUUAGUUGGACCCGCAACAUAUUCAAAUGGUUUUCUUCAUACAAAAGAAGUUCGAGUUCGUUUCAAACUUCUGUGAGCCGCGCUUGGACCUGUCGUCCAAAAGAUACAGAUACAUUGCGUUUAGUCUUGGUCGGUCUGCGCGUGGUCUAUGUUGACAAACCUUGGUGUGGCUCCCAGUAGCAAUAUUCAAACUCGAAGUUAUUCCGUCGAAAAAUAUUCGAAAUAUUAAAUAAAUACUUAAAAAUAUAUACCUAAUAAAUCUUAGACAGUUCGCAAAGUACUGUUAGUGAUUAAGUGCUUGGAAAAAAAAAUGUUCUGCAAAAUGCUUAACAAAGUGCGGCCAAGCCUAGAUGUGGCUAAGGCUUGUUAUUAACCCGAAAGAUACAAAACCUAUAGCUAACUGUAAACAAGUUAAAGUGAGUGAGUGAGUGUGUGUCGCAAUCUUUUACAACAAAUACCAACAAUCAAAGCAACCUACAAGAUGCAGUUUUGGAUAACUCUGACAUUUGCCGUGCUCUUGGCUGCCACCAUCUGCCAUCAUGGAAUGGCCGCAGCAGUUACGGCUCCAACUCCGGCUGCUCAGGUGGCUACCCCAACUGUGCAAAAGUUUCGCCUGACGCCACAUGAUCUGCAAAUACUCGAGGGCACCGACACCCUUUUGCGCUGCGAAGUGUCCGCCCGGGCAGGAAAAGUCCAAUGGACCAAGGAUGGUUUUGCGUUGGGCUUCUCGGCGGUGAUUCCAGGAUUUCCACGCUAUUCAGUACUCGUGGAUGCCAAACAGAAUGCCUACAAUCUUCAGAUCAAGAAUGCCACUCUAGAGGACGAUGCGGAAUACCAGUGCCAGGUGGGUCCUGCAGCUGGAAAUCCGGCGAUCCGAGCUAAUGCUAAGCUGAGCAUAGUGGCAGCACCCAGUAGCAUCGUUAUUGAGGGUUAUGCCCGGAAUGCUAGAGUAGAGGUGGAGGAGCGACAGAACUUAACUCUGCACUGCAUCGCUGAAAAUGCCAACCCGGCGGCAGAGAUUGUCUGGUUCCAGGGAGAAGUUCCAGUUAGCACAGUCCCCAUUGUGUCGGUGAAUCAAACUGCCCCGAAGCGUUUUACGACCAGCUCCGUGUUGCACCUGCAACCCCGCGCCGAAGACGAUUACAAGGAGUUCUCCUGCGAAGCCCGUCACAAGGCCCUGCCCCCAGAUGUUCCAAUGCGAGCCCAGGUUCAGCUUUCCGUGCUCUAUCCGCCCGGUGCACCGUUCUUUGAGGGCUAUAGCCAAGGCGAAAGCCUGCAUCGCGGCCAGGAAGUUCAAAUUGCCUGCCGCAGCCGCGGUGGGAAUCCCCCGGCCCAAUUGACUUGGUACCGGAAUGGCGUGGCCAUCAGUUCACCGCAACGCACCUCGGGACGUCUGUCGGAGAACGUUUACAAGUUCACCGCCGCCGCCGAGGACAAUGGAGCUAAUUUGGUGUGCGAGGCCAAGAAUCUGUUGGCAACAACUCCCCUGCGAGCCGAACUCAAUCUGACUGUCCUGUAUGCCCCCAAGGACGUUUACCUGAGUGGCGCCACCCAGGCCAAGGUCGGCGAUUCCGUCCAACUUAGCUGCGUGACAGCCCCCUCGAAUCCACAGGCCCGUAUCAGUUGGUCCAUCAAUGGACGACCACUGGACAAUAGCACCUUUAAGACCACCAGUAGCUCCGAUGGUGGCUGGGUUAGCAGUUCCAACAUCAGUUUGACCAUCGACUCGCAGAGCAGGACCUUCAUAGCCGUCUGCCAUGCCCUCAACACGGAACUCACUCAAAAUGUGGUGGGAUCACAUACCGUGAACGUUCUCUACCCCCCUUCGCCACCCCUGUUGACGGGCUAUAAUGAUGGCGAUAUCCUUAUCUCUGGAUCUAUUUUGAAGUUGCAGUGCAGUUCUGCUGGUGGCAAUCCCCCACCCACAUUGCAGUGGUACAAGAACGAUAAGAUUAUCAAUGCUCCCUCGAAGUUGGUGGACAGUAAAAUCACCUCGGAGCUAUCCCUAUUGGUCAACUCCUCCGACAACAAUGCCAUCUACACGUGUAAGGUUCAGAAUGCUGCCAUCGAUAUACCUCUCUUUGCCACCAAAACUUUGGGAGUUCAUUUUCCCCCUGAAACGGUUAAAAUCAGUGUAGUGCCCAAGAAUCUAGUGCCUGGUAUUCGAGCCAAGUUAGUCUGCGACUCCAGCUCAAGUAAUCCCCCGGCCAAGAUUAGUUGGUGGAAGGAUGGCAUUCCCGUUGAGGGACUUAACUUGGCCAACCGUCCUGGUCUCUGGGGAGGUUCGGUGUCUACCCUCGAGAUGUAUGUCAACAUAACCCAAGAUCUGGAUGGCAUUGUCUAUACAUGUCAGAGUCACAAUGAGGUACUGCAGCGAAGUGUUCAUGAAACCAUCAGCUUGGAUAUUCUCUAUCCCCCCAAAUUCGAGACCUCCCAGACCACAUUCGUGGGUGUUGAGGGAGCGCCGUUCCAUGUCGAACUGAUGGCCAGCGGAAACCCCAUGGUAAUUAGCUAUACCUGGACCAAGGACGGCCUACCCAUUAGCAGCAAUAGUCUGAGCGGCCAGCGUUUGAUCUCCGACGGACCACGUCUCAAUAUCAGUCGUCUCAGUCGCAACGAUGCGGGUGUCUACAUCUGUGAGGCGCUCAAUAGCCAGGGCACCGCUCUGCUGGAGAUCCAAGUGGCCGUGGAAUAUGCCCCCACAAUCACAUCGGUUAGUGAGGGUCGCAGCUUUGUGGCCGGUGAGCCAGCGGUCUUGGCUUGUCAUAUUCAGGCCCGUCCGCUAGAGGCCGCUCAUGUCCGCUGGUCUCGGGAUGGCUACGAUCUGGCCUCCCGCACAAUCUCUAGUUUUGAAAACGGAACCGCCCUGCUGCAGAUUGCCAGUGUGGAGCGCAGCGAUAUUGGCAACUUCACCUGCAUCGUGGACAACCAAAGAGGAGCUCCCGCAGCGCAAAAUGUACUUCUAGUCGUGCAGACUGCUCCGGAAAUUGACCACUCGCCGAGCUUCACCCGCUAUGCUGCCCGUUUGGGAGUUCGUGCUCAGCUAAUUUGCAGAUCCUUGGCUUCUCCUCAGCCCAGUUUCAUCUGGCGUCGUCAUGGCAAGGAUCUCAAGAUGCAGAGACGCAACAAAUUCAAAAGUGUGGAACGUCAGGUUGAUGCCCUUAACUAUGAGUCUGCUCUACUGAUCGAAAACACCUCCGGCGAUGACUACGGCCAGUAUGAGUGUGUGGUGCGAAAUGCCUUGGGACAGGCUAGUACCACCUUGGAGUUUAGUAAGCCAUCACGUCCGGAUACUCCCCUCCAGCUGAGAGUGGGCAAUGUGAGCGAUACGGGUGUGGAACUGAAUUGGACACCCGGUUUCGAUGGCGGCAUGCAAACCUAUUUCCGGCUUAGACUUAAACAGCACGGCGAAGAUAAGUACAAAUACGUGGACGCCAAGGCAGGACAUCAGAAUAUAUCUCUCGAUGGCCUAAAGCCCGGAGCCACGUACUACUUUUCGGUGAUGGCGGCCAAUGAGGCGGGUGGCAGUAAAUUCAUGCCGGAUAUUAAGUUGACCUUGAGCAAGGGUUCCCAGCCACACUCAGCGGAAUACACUGAAAAGGAUGAGCUGCCCAAUGUGAUGAUUAUUGGCAUCACCUCAGCUGCCAUGGUUUUGUUAGUCUUGAAUGCCGCCCUGGUAGCUUGGUUCGUGAUUCGUCGUCAGAACAAGUCUCAGAGCGAAGCAGAGCCCAGCAAUGAUGAUGUGUACUCCAAGGAUGAUAGUCAAUCUGUUUAUAAGCUACCCAUCACUGCUUUGCAGGCGGAUGUGCAGAAGAAAGCAGCCGCCUCUACGUAUCUCGUGGAGAACGUGGACAUCAUCCAGUCAACGGCAUAUCCGCCGAAAUAUCAAGAAAGCUCUAUGUGCACCCCUCCGUAUCCACUCUGCAAUCCGGACUUCACCCGGACCCAGCCGAAUCCCAAGAGGCACAGUCAACGGAACAGUGCCACGGGUAUGAUCGAGGGUAUGCAGAUGCGUUCCAAGGAUGAUCAUAUGCUGAUCUCCAAUGGUCUGUACAUACCAUCGCCAUCACCUGCCUCUUCCCUGGUGAUCAAGGGUAGCUAUAUAUCCUCACCAUCGCCAGCGCCGCCAGCAGAUGGAUCAUACUUCAAUAUGAGCGACAAAUAUAUGUCUUAUCCGCCGGUGACUUACUAAGCCGUGCUGAGCGUCAAUGACAGCCACAGACAACAUCGCAACCCAACCCAAACCGAACCGAAACCAAACCCAGCUAGACUGAUUGACAUACAUCAUUCAUAAUCAGCAUCUCGGAAACAUGAAAACACGAAAACCAAAUCAUAUGAUAUAUAGAACUUGACUGUCUUUUGGUUCAGAUUGGUUGAUUGGUUUGGCCGGCCGUUGCUGUUGGUUUUAUUGAAUUUGGAUUUUACUUUUUAUAUUUUUUUUAUUUAACGUUUUGUAAUUAUUACUAUAUAUAUGACGUUGAUUAUUACGGAGCGCAAAUGGAGAAACCAUGUUGAGUGAGUGUUUUGAGAAAACGACAUUUGCAUGCGGCGCUCGAAGGCUGUGAUAAGUACCUGUGCCCAAAGCUCUGGAGACGUUGGCACCACCGCAACUCGGAGAGAUGAAAACACGCAAGCGGCCAAACGUUUGCCAUUAAGACCUUUUCCGUUGGCCUCCAUCCAUUCAUUCAUCUGGGGAUUCGAGGUCCGGAUUGUAUUGGUCUGGCCACGGGGCAGGUGCGCAACCCGUUCUACAGAAAUGCCUGCCCUCCACCCACUUUUAGUCCACCACAAAACCCAAACAUCGGCAGAAGCAGCAUCAUUUUGUAGACACCACAAACAAAAAACACAAAAAAAAAAAAAAAAAAAGAAAAGAAAAAAAAUGAACAACAGAACACUCUCAAAAUAUUAAUUCGUAGUAAGGUCUUUCGAUAUUAAGUAGUAGGAAUUACGCAUUUUAGCCUUUAGCAUAAAUAUAUUACGAGUCUGGCGAGUCGUGACUCAUUCUCAUUAGCAGUUGUUCAAGUUUAAGCUAUACAGGACACACCAAUAUUUAUCAACAUACGUACUAUAAAUAUAAACAAAUAAUAUAAUAUAUUACACAAAAUAAAAGCAGGCCCGAAAAGAGUAAACGUUCGAAACUUUCAACGAACAACGAUUCGAAAUCACCAAAACCGAAAAGAAUAGCGACUUCAAUUAUAUAAAAAUAUUUUUAAGUGUGACUUUUGCUAGACCUAAGAACAUCGAGACAUCAAAAAUAUAUAUAUAUAUAUAUAUUCAAAAAAUAUUUACAGCAUUCAGCGACUUUCUUUUUAUCAUGCAUGACAAUAAUUAUAUACAUGGUAAAGAAGUUGAUGCGCCAAAAAUUAUGCUAAAGAAACUCUAUAAAUACAAAUUCAAUAAACAUGUUAAUUAUAAAUUAGACUUCAACCGCAUUUGCAUUUAAAUUAAAGAAAGAUGAGUAAGGAAAGGCGAGCUAAGUAUGUGUGUAAAAUAAAUUUUCAUUAAAAUCAAGUAAAUAUUUAAAUGUAAUAUUUAAAAUAUUAAAAAAGGAAAAACAUGA